CGCAGGUGCCGGGGGUUUGUACGCUUGGACGGCUUGGACCUUAGAGCUAGAAUCGCUAGAAUCGCUAGAGUGAUUGGUUAACUCGCGCAUCUGACGGUCUUACUCGCCAUGGAUUCCGUUCGGGUUGGAGGUGCGAGUGCGCUCGCCGGUGCCGCCCAGGCCCUACCCGCCUCACAAAUAUCCGAUACUGAACGUCUACAACGCAAGCGCGCGCUCGCGCGUGAACGUCAACGCCGGCGAAGAGCCAAUAAUCCCUCGAUCUUCGCUGUGCAAGCAGCAGCGCUACGCCAACGAAGACAAGCUGAUCCCGAGCUUAGGUCGAGAGAAGCGGAGGCUCAACGCAAGCGUUAUUCAGCAGCAAAUAAGAGACGCGGAACGAAGACGUCAGCGAAGACUAGCGAACCCUGAGAUACAGAGGAUGCAAACGGAAAGGAAACGCAAGCGCGCGCAAGAGAACCCCGAGGUACGGAGAAGAGAAGCGGAACGGGUGCGCCUGCGAAGAGCGAUCCUCAAGACCAGAGCCACGGACUCCCGCAGCGAGCGAGACUUCUUAGCCCGCUGGCACAGCCACAGAGUGCGCGACCCUCUUUGGUUCGAUAACAAUUUGAUUCGGAUCAACAACAUUCGCAGCGCCGACUCGAGAGCGAAGGCCAUCGAAGUACUGGAGAAACAGUUUCCCUCAACAUUGUCAUUUGGCGACUUUCGAGUGUGCUCUACGUGUAAGGAGACACGGGAGAACCACAUCUCCGUUGAUUCUUCAUAUUUCACAAGCGUGGAGCUGGAUGUGCAGCAGAAGAGGUGCCCCUGCGGACAAGUGCUCAACAUGAAAGAUUCAAGCCAGUUGCCAGGUUGGGAAGUGCGUAGGGACGUGUCUAUCCAAUGUGGCUUGCAACAGAUGCCCCUCCUGCCUCUCCCAGUGAAAAUUGUUCCAUCACGGUCAACUGGCGACAAUGUCGAGGAAGGAACACACCAAGGCAUGAGCAAGGCAUCAAAAGAUGAACGGCUGUUUCAGUGCCAUUGCUGCAAAUACUCAGCACCUGAGGUUUACAAGUUAAGACGGCACCUCUUAACACACAGCACAGUGAAUCCUUUUGAGUGCGAGGUCUGCCCAGCGGCUUUUAGGACCUUGGCAUCCUACAAAGCCCACAUCUGCAAACAUACGGGAGAAACGCUACACGAGUGUGACCUUUGCCCAUAUUCGGCUGCUUACAAGUCACGUGUGUUGGAGCACAGAAGAACUCACUUGAAUGCCUACACCAUGUAUGCAUAUCGAGCUAAAAGCAAGUCAAGACUUCGUAUGCAGAAACACCAACACACAAGCAAUAAGCCUUUCAAGUGCAAAGUCUGUUCUCUUGGCUUCACCCGAAAGUACUCCUUAAAAAUCCACAUGCAGCGACAUUUGGAGUCUCGGCUCUCCUGAAGAUUAUGGGCUUCAUGCGGGCAGUGUCCACCAUCAAGCACCUCGAAGGAGGAGAAGAUGCAUAAGCCAGGAACACAAGCUGGACAAAAGGAGGUAGGCACGGUUGAUGCCUAUUACCUCACAUGUUGCACCCUCUUCUAAGCAUUCGAUUAGUGUGUGUCUCUAGUGAGAUGAACUUCCCCUGUGGAACUAUUUUGGCUAUCCAAAACCAUCACACACAUUGUGUGUGAUUGUAUGAGGUGUAUAUAUCAAAUUUCAAGGGUAUUGUGGAAUAGUUUGAUAUGCAGAUAUAGUUUUUGAAGUUAUGCCGCUACAUAUGGGAGAGUCUGGAGGAUUGGGACACUUUUCACAAAUAUAUUUUUAGUUUUGUUUAACUUGAAUGCAGAACGAUGUUUUAUGGAUUAUAAUACAAGUCUAAACAAGCUGCCAAACUUCUGACACACUAGUUCCUGGUGCAGCUGUAAAAAAAAUAGUUUGUAAUAACUAAAAUCUGUCCCAUUCCACCCACCUUUAUGGGUGGAUUGGGACAUCACUUGGGAGGAGUGGGACGUAUGUAACACAGUUGUCCAAACGAUUUCAGUGACAAUUAUAAGCUGAUGGUUCAACAUCAAACAUUAAACAGGGUUGCACAAACUUCACUGCCACAAUAUUUUUUGACAGUGGCAGCUUCAUCACAAUGUCUGUCAUUGGUAAAGUCCCCUAUCUUUCUCAGGAGAAAAGUAAAACAUAGGCUUCUUUUCUAUUCUGCAGGAAGUGGCCACUGACAUGUUGUCACUGCUCUUGACUUUACCUAUGUAAUGAGUUCCAAUUUUUGUUUACUAAAACUGACCAAAAAAAAUUGCCUUUUAUCAGUUGAAUAGAUUCAUUAGGCCUCUUGAUUUAACAAAUGUCAUGCCUGUCAUUAUCAAAAUCUUACAUGUCAAAGGCAACGGCAUGUGUGUCUCUGCAGUCCUUCAGCAGUGCUGUUUCUUUUCUAGAUGGGUAGUCGUGGCAGUCUUGACUGUGUUACGCACUGCUUUUUUAAGAGUGUUGUGCUAACCUCUGUGAAUUCUUGUUGAAUCGCAUGCUUCCCUGAUGUAUAUGUAAGGAUUCUACCCAUGUUGUCACUGCUCUUGACUUUACCUAUGUAAUGAGUUCCAAUUUUUGUUUACUAGAACUGACCAAAAAAAAUUGCCUUUUAUCAGUUGAAUAGAUUCAUUAGGCCUCUUGAUUUAACAAAUGUCAUGCCUGUCAUUAUCAAAAUCUUACAUGUCAAAGGCAACGGCAUGUGUGUCUCCGCAGUCCUUCAGCAGUGCUGUUUCUUUUCUAGACGGGUAGUCGUGGCAGUCUUGACUGUGUUACGCACUGCUUUUUUAAGACUGUUGUGCUAACCUCUGUGAAUUCUUGUUGAAUCGCAUGCUUCCCUGAUGUAUAUGUAAGGAUUCUACCCAUGUUGUCACUGCUCUUGACUUUACCUAUGUAAUGAGUUCCAAUUUUUGUUUACUAAAACUGACCAAAAAAAAUUGCCUUUUAUCAGUUGAAUAGAUUCAUUAGGCCUCUUGAUUUAACAAAUGUCAUGCCUGUCAUUAUCAAAAUCUUACAUGUCAAAGGCAACGGCAUGUGUGUCUCUGCAGUCCUUCAGCAGUGCUGUUUCUUUUCUAGACGGGUAGUCGUGGCAGUCUUGACUGUGUUACGCACUGCUUUUUUAAGACUGUUGUGCUAACCGCUGUGAAUUCUUAUUGAAUCGCAUGCUUCCCUGAUGUAUAUGUAAGGAUUCUACCCAUGUUAUCACUGCUCUUGACUUUACUAUGUAAUGAGUUCCAAUUUUUGUUUACUAAAACUGACCAAAAAAAAUUGCCUUUUAUCAGUUGAAUAGAUUCAUUAGGCCUAUUGAUUUAACAAAUGUCAUGCCUGUCAUUAUCAUAAUCUUACAUGUCAAAGGCAACCGGCAUGUGUGUCUCUGCAGUCCUUCAGCAAAUGCUGUUUCUUUUCUAGACGGGUAGUCGUGGCAGUCUUGACUGUGUUACGCACUCCUUUUUUAAGACUGUUGUGCUAACCUCUGUGAAUUCUUGUUGAAUCGCAUGCUUCCCUGAUGAAUAUGUAAGGAUUCUACCUCUCCUUUUUUUUCUUUUUGCGGUGUGUAAUGCGGUGUGGCAGUAGGGUAGGAUCAUAAAGUCACUUGAAACAAUUCUGUUUGGAGAUGCAGUUGACGAUGGGGCUGUUUUAUUGACAGCGAACGUUAAGACAUUCGUAGAGAUGUCUCGAGCUCCAUUGGUGUUUGUCCCAGAGUCCAAAACUUCUAGUGGUCGAAGUGAUAGUUCGGAAUGGCGGUCUAUAAAGCCCAUAAACCAACUUUUUCCUGCUAACUUGCUGGCUUAGCAUGAUGCAGGGUACUUCCAGUUUAAGGCUGCUGCAAACUGAUCCGCCUGUGAACUCACCUGAAUUCUCGUAAGACCGUAAUUCAUCUUUUUGCCAUCAGCAAAUACUCUUUCAAGAGUGCUUGAUCAUCUGCAAUGACGACCAUUCCACGGACCAAGUUAGACUUGAAUAAGAUGCUGUCUUUGUCACCACAAUCCGUGGACUUCAUCACUGCUCGGUCAAGCGAUGAUUUUUGUAGUGAAAGACCCUGUGCUAUGUCUCUUCUACCUUUCUUUUCGUCGCCCACUAAUCUCACAACAUCCAGCGUCAAACUGUCUCACAGGGAGGAAGCCAGAAUUUUCGUGGGGGGAAGGGGGGGCUUCAACCCCCCUUCUUCCCUGGCUACACAAGUGCUGUUUAUGUGUGAGGCUUGUCGGGAUGCUUUACUUUUUCUUGUACACCCUAGACAUAGGUAAUUUUGAAAACUGAAAUGAAGUGAUUAAUUGCAAAUUUAAACGUUCACACACAAAACAUGCUUGAGCUUUUUUCUCUUCACUUCGACUUGUUCAACCUCAUUUAAGCAAUCAUCAGCACUCCUGCUGUAGCCUACAAUUCGUGCACCAAAGCGCUCGCAAAUGUGUAAUAAAACAGUUUUAAAUAAACAGACAUUGUGCAUUAUAAUACCCAUUUCUUAACUUAAAUUGUGGUCUAGUCGGCCUGUCUGUUACCUCAAUGCGGCUUACCCAUGGAAGCUGAUCUGCCAGUCAUUGCACCAGCCUUAUUGUGGGGAGGAAAGGGACAGUGUCCCGUUCCUUCCUCAACUCAACUGUCCCAUUCCUCCCAAGCUACGUUGCCCAAAGUAAACGCUCAACGGCUAAAGUUCAGUUGUAAUGCCUAAACUUUCCCUUUGAAAAAGUACAGCGCUGAUGCAUGUUUUCGGGGAAAAAAAAUUUGUUAGCUUCCACAAAGCAGUUUAAAUCUAAGAGAAUUAUAAUUCAGACAGCAGAAACUUUUGACACAUGAAAAAGAUAAUUUUCAGUUACAGAAAGCUCUAUCCGGCGAGACAAUACGUACUAUGUUAGCACCAUCUCAAGUAGUUGGCUAACGUCUUUGAAGUAACUGCAGGAGAGAUGGACGAGCUGUCCCAAACCUCCCAACUCUCCCCUACAGCUAAAUCUGCAUGUAGCGAACAUUGAUUUAUUGGUAUGUGCGAUGCAAAAAACUAUUUUAAUGUUUCCUUUUCGCAGUUGUGGUGUUUGACUGUUUCUGUGGCUGGCACACACACAGCCUCUAAUCUCUCGGCUGUGCAAGCUGAACCCCACUACAGGUUCAAGCACUUCAAGCUGCACAUAGUGUGUUGCGUCCGCACUUGUCUCACGCAGUGUACCGGUCGCAUUGCUGCACGUGAGAGCUUGUCCUCUCAUUGUUUAAUAAAGGAGCCCUGAACCAC